AACGCGCACGCACGUUUUUUUUUCCUGGCUGUUUGGCUCCACAAGGUUAGUGCAGGGAGCGGGAGGCAGCACUUUGAAACAAAAAAGAGUGGGUCUCGGCUUUGCACUGCGAUGUCUGGAGUAGCUCUCCUGCAGUAAAUAUAUUAAGGUUAUGCUGUCCCAAAGCCAUCCGUUUACUCUGACUGAAAAAGAAAAGGGUUAAAAUUUAUCUGCGUGAAAUAAAAAAGAAGAGCUAAUAGUAACUGAUUUGUCUGUUCUGCAGCUCUGCCAGAGGUAAAGCUACAGCAUGAACAAUCCGCACGUUUCCUCAGAGCUUCGUGAUAUUGUAGCAUCUGUUAUCCAGACUCCUGAACAAGAAAUAGUCUCCACAUGGAGUCCGACUUCGGAAGAAGAGGAAGGUGAUUUGAAUAAGACAUUAGGAGUUGAACGCUUUGAGGAGAUUCUUCAUGAGUCACAUGGUCGCAGUGGCGAAGACCUCCGUCGUAAUUACAAUGAGGAAGACUUCGAAUAUCAUCGCCAUUCUUCCCAUCACAUUCACCAUCCACUUUCAACACACCUGCACACGGAUGGCCGUAAAAAGGGUUCCAAGAAAAAGAGCUCCAAGAAAAAAAAAACUAGGACAGCUGCCCCUGGAGGAAGUGCACCUCCUAUUGAGGAGGGUGAAGAGGAAGAAGAAGAGCUAGACCAGUGUGCAACACAGGAAAAGGACACAGAGGAAGUUUUAGAUGCGUCUGAUGAUGUUCCAGAAGUGCAGUUCUUUGUUUCAGAAGACGAUGCUGCUGAUUCAGACUCUACUCCAGUGAAAGGAGGGGGCCAGAUGUUUCCCAGAAAACUUGAUGUUAUUCCAGUAUCUGGCCUUGAAAACCAAUGUGCAAGUGAAGCUGAUGAAUCUACCACUGAGAAGAAGGAUGUUCGAGGUGGACCCACAUCAGCCACUAGGAGCCCACUGGUGGAUGGAGGAGGGAAAGCAGGCCACACGCCUAAGGAGAGCAGUGUUUCAACCCGCCUGCCAUCCGCUUCCAAGUCCCAGCCCAUUCUUCGCAACUACGACCUACGGGAGCGACGACGUAUUGGGAGCAUGACAGGUGUGGAGGAUUCAAGGUACCAGACAAUCCCUACAGAUGAAAGUGAGGCACAGAUGUUGGCUAAGGUGGACUUGGAUGGGAUAAAGAGUCACAGAUUUGAAGAUGUCCCAGGUGUCAGGAGACAUUUGGUCAGGAAAGGCACAAAAUGCCAAGUUGUUCAUAUCAGCAAGGAUCAUAAGGAGCCUCUGAUGAGAACCAAGAGUCGAGAUCGCACGCCACAUGAGGUAUUUGUAGAGCUGAAUGAGCUAAUCCUGGAUAAAAACCAAGAAAUGCAAUGGAGGGAAACAGCACGAUGGAUUAAGUUUGAAGAGGAUGUAGAGGAGGAGACAGACCGCUGGGGCAAACCCCAUGUUGCCUCACUGAGCUUUCGCAGCCUUUUGGAGCUUCGCAAGACCAUUGCACAAGGCGCUGUCUUACUUGACUUGGAACAAAAGACUUUGCCUGGUAUUGCACACCAGGUGGUAGAGCAGAUGAUCAUCUCAGAUCAGAUAAAAGCAGAAGAUCGGGCCAACGUUUUGAGGGCUUUGUUACUCAAGCAUAGCCAUCCUUGCGAUGAGAAAGAGUUUGCCUUCCCCAGGAAUAUUUCAGCUGCCAGUCUCGGCUCCUUACUGGUUCACCAUCACAGCACCAAUCAUAUCGCUCAGCCACCUGGAGAGCCCUCUGUUACAGACCCACUCAUGGGAGCCAGUGGGCCUAGCACUGAUCCAGACACCCAUGUAGACAUUGAAAAAACUGAGAAGGACGUCUUGCCACCUUUGGGGAUGCAUAAGUCCAAGUCUAAGCAUGAGCUGAAGCUGCUGGAGAAGAUCCCUGACAAUGCGGAGGCCACUGUCGUACUUGUGGGCAGUGUGGAGUUUCUGGAACAGCCCACUAUGGCAUUUGUGAGGCUGCAAGAAGCAGUGGAACUGGAGUCAGUGCUAGAGGUGCCCGUUCCGGUGCGCUUCCUUUUUGUUCUGCUUGGACCUAGCAGCACCAACAUGGACUACCAUGAGAUUGGUCGCUCCAUCUCCACAUUAAUGUCGGACAAGCAUUUUCAUGAAGCAGCCUACCUGGCAGAUGACCGUCAGGACCUCCUCAAUGCCAUUAAUGAGUUCCUUGACUGCAGCAUCGUGAUCCCACCAUCUGAUGUUGGUGGAGAUGAGCUACUUCGGUCUGUAGCGAGUUUCCAGAAAGAGAUGUUAAAAAAAAGAGAGGAGCAGGAAGUGAAGCUACUUACCAAAGAGCCCAAAACACCUGAAGAGAAAGCGGCCUUGCUGACUCCUCUUGUUGUGCCGGGCGACGACGAUCCACUGAGACGGACAGGUCGUCCUUUUGGAGGACUGAUCAGGGAUGCACGUCGGAGAUAUCCCAAAUACCUAAGUGAUUUCAAGGAUGCCUUCAAUGCCCAGUGUAUGGCUGCAGUCAUCUUCAUCUAUUUUGCUGCUUUAUCUCCUGCCAUUACUUUUGGAGGUCUUUUAGGAGAGAAGACUAAUGGCUUGAUUGGUGUUUCAGAGCUUAUCAUUUCAACUGCUAUUCAUGGCAUAGUGUUCUGCUUGCUGGGAGCCCAGCCAUUGCUUGUGGUGGGAUUUUCUGGACCUCUACUUGUCUUUGAGGAAGCAUUUUAUUCAUUUUGCAAAGAUAAUGACAUGGAAUACUUGACUGGUCGUGUGUGGAUUGGCUUCUGGCUCAUCCUAAUUGUACUGAUUAUGGUGGCCUUUGAAGGCAGCUUCCUUGUGCGCUUCGUCUCACGCUUUACCCAGGAGAUCUUUGCUUUCCUUAUCUCCAUUAUCUUCAUAUAUGAGACUUUCUCUAAGCUGAUCAAGAUAUUCCAAAAGCAUCCUUUGAAUAGGUGCUCUGUCAGCAAUGCCUCCAGCAUUUCAUUUGAAGAGACUGGCAACACUACAACAAAGGAUACAGGAGAGGUGACAGGGGAGCCUAACACUGCCCUCCUGUCUCUUGUUCUUAUGGCUGGCACCUUCUUCAUUGCAUUCUACUUGCGCAAGUUCAAAAACAGUAGCUUCUUCCCAGGCAGGAUUCGACGAAUUAUCGGGGACUUUGGGGUUCCAAUCGCUAUCCUCAUCAUGGUGUUAGUGGACUACAGCAUCAAAGAUACCUUCACACAGAAACUGAGUGUUCCCAGUGGAUUUUCUGUGACCUCUCCACAAAAACGAGGCUGGGUGAUUAACCCCUUGGGGGACAAAGGAGAAUUUCCCAUUUGGAUGAUGGUGGCCAGCAUACUUCCCGCUGUACUUGUCUUCAUUCUUAUCUUCAUGGAAACACAAAUAACAACUUUGAUCAUCAGCAAGAAGGAAAGAAUGCUAGUGAAAGGCUCUGGCUUCCAUCUGGACCUGCUUCUCAUUGUAGCCAUGGGAGGUUUUUGUGCCUUGUUUGGCUUGCCCUGGCUUGCUGCUGCCACUGUCCGCUCCGUCACGCAUGCCAAUGCACUUACUGUUAUGAGCAAAGCCGUGGCUCCUGGGGACAAGCCCAAAAUUCAGGAGGUCAAGGAACAGAGGGUGACAGGCCUCCUUGUAGCUAUUCUUGUUGGUUUGUCCAUUGUGAUUGGAAAUCUCCUGAAGCAGAUCCCCAUUGCUGUCCUCUUUGGGAUUUUCCUGUAUAUGGGAGUGACUUCUCUCAAUGGCAUACAGUUAUAUGAUCGCAUGAUGCUGCUGCUUAUGCCACCAAAGUACCACCCUGAUCACACCUACGUCAGAAAGGUGCGGACCCUGCGAAUGCAUCUCUUCACUGGCAUACAGAUGGUCUGUCUUGGUGUAUUAUGGGCGGUCAUGUCUACAGUGGCUUCACUGGCAUUCCCCUUUCUCCUCAUUAUGACUGUGCCUUUAAAGAUGUUUCUGUUGACACGCAUCUUCACAGACCGAGAAAUGAAAUGUCUGGAUGCAGAUGAGGCAGAACCCACCUUUGACGAGAAACAGGGACAAGAUGAGUAUAAUGAAAUGCCCAUGCCAGUUUGAGCUCCACACUUCAUGGUUGACACUCACUUUCUGCCGGCUCUCAAAAAUAUGCCAAGGAACAACCUGCCAUUUGGGUGGAAGGAAAUGUUAGGAACAAGAUGGACUCCAAAGGGUGCUUGCCUUCAGUGUAGGCAUGGCUUGAGUGUCUACUGAACAUCCUUCAAAGUUGGUGAUUGAUUGGCUGUCCUUGGCUGCACAACAAAGAAACAAAUGUUUCCAGUGUAAUUUAAAGCUUAUUUAAUGCCAAAAUGAAUUGUAAGGCUGAAUUUAGAGAUGAAGAUGUAGAGUAUCGAUCCACAUUUUUCUGCAGAGAUUUGUACAACUGACAUACGAAGACCACAUAGGCUGAACUCCCCUUAGUUCAGUUCAGCUUAACAAAAGAAACCACAGUAUCACUUUUUUCCCUGUUAAAUGCAGUAUUUUUUUAGACGAUUAAACUGGUAACACUGGUGCAGAUGCUGUAUUUUUGGCCAGAUACCAAAUAUCUAUGCCCUAUCAGGGUUUUAAAUUUUAUAAUUAUGUUGUGGGAUGUCUAGUACACUUUCUAUCAUGUGUCAUACCAACUGUGGUGUGUCAGGUGAAGAAAAUGGAACUUAUGGUAACAGUGUCCUCGUCUCAUUUCUGUAAUGGUGCAAUUUUUAUUUCUUCAUGACACAGGGUUCAGAAAUGAAUGGGAUGGAUAGUAAGUGGGUUUAAAAAGAUACACGCUGUAGAGUCAGCUCCUGCAAAAAAAAGUCCACAUUAUUUAAACUAGAUGCUUUUAUGUAAACACAAAUAAAGAGAGAGGAAAACUUAAUUCAUUAUAGAUGGCAGACACAUUUUUGGUUUGUAACUAGUGUCCUUGAUUUUCAUUAGAAGGGCAAUGUCAUUGGCUGAAGACGACAAUAAAGACCACUUGUGGACAGUAUGUUAGUUUAAAUCAACUAUGGUGGUCAGCUUCUUUCUCGUAUUUCAAGCUGCGUCUCAUUUGUGCUGUAUUACUCUGUUAUCAUUCCAAGCCAAGCCUGCGGUUUAAAACACUGCAUUGAUUACACUACUUGGCCAGUUUUCACUCAAAACCUCAUAUACUCAAGGCGCAAGAGACGGUCUUUUCCGAACAGAACCUGCAGCCUAAGAUGAUAAGGGUAGGUUAUGCUGAAACAUCACAGCAAGUAUACCAAAGAGCAGUGACGUGUUUGAUAUAUGAAGCAUGUGCUCAGUGGAGCAGCAUGUUGAAGUCCACAAAAAAUGGUGCCGCCCCCCCCCCCAACUUCCCAACCCUUCAGUUUAUAAUGUAUUGCUGUGUUGCAUAUACAGUAUAUCAUUACAGAAUACCUCUAGAGCAGUGAAAGAAAAGAAUGUUUUUGUGCACACAGUAUUUUUAAGUACUCUUUGGCAUGUACCAGUAAUAAAAAAAGGUAAUCAGAAAUGACUGCUUCUUGAUAUGAGUGAGGAAAAGACGUGUUACAACCAAUGAGUUUGUGCACUGAAACCACCUAGUGGUCUUUCGUUAGCUCGUCAUCACCAAAAUCACAUUGAACCGUGGAAACUUCAGGACAGUCCUAUUUAAACGCUGGCCUCAGGAUGGUUUGAGUUACUCCCCUUCUCUACUUCUUGAUAUAUAGGAGGUUGCAUUUUCAAAGAUGUUUCUUAUGACACUGAAGCAGACAAUCACAUUUUGGCUGCAAGUCUUCCUUGGCCUAAUACACUAAUAUAAUGUAUGCAUCGAAUAUGCCAAGUUUCCUCAAAAGGCUAAAGUCGCUAUUUUUUUUUUUUAUUAUUAUUAUUUUAUUUUAGCUUAAAUAAUGGACACCCUUUAAAUUUUUCCGGCAGUCCACCCCCUUGGGGAGCAUAUAGUGGCUGUCUAUAAUUUCCUUUUUACUCAAUUCUUUUCUUAGUUGUUAGUAGAUGUUCAGUCAAUGUACAUUAAAGAACAGUAUAAGUAAAUGAAUCAUUUACUGUUAGUCUUUGUGUCAAGCAAUUUUAUUUUGAAAUGAAAAUGCUAUUGAAUUGUGUUUUUCUUUCUAUUAUAAUUUGUGCAGACCAAAAACAUCAGCUUUAGGCUGGAAGAAAUUUUUGUGAUUUUACGUGGUACAUUAAAAAAAAUCUCUGGAGACCAGCUUCUCAGAGUUGAGGGUUGGUGUUCAGCUGCCAUUUUAAUUGUUAUUAAAAUUAACAGAAAAAAAAAACUCAAUUGUCGCUACAGACUCAGUUUUAAAGUGAGUGAUCUUUUCCGUUUGUUCAGGCAGAUUGUGGGACAAAUUCAGCUUCUGUUGUGUAUCUAAAUCUUUAUUUUACAUUGCGCAUCUAUGUGGCGACCGCUUCAUCACUGGUUAGUGGACAAAUGCAAUACUCGCAAAACUGUUCAAAGGAUAAAAAUGCAGAAGAGAGCACAAAUCUGAGCAAACAGAAUAUCAAACCUUGCACGUCAUCGGUCACUGGCCAGUGGUGAAUGUCAGAAGGGAAAGGGUGUGAAAGAAAUGACUUUGCCUCUUAAAUUUUUCAUUUUGCAAUAAGGCCUAUGUAAAUGUCAGAGAAGAGAAGGUUCUGAUAGUAAAUCACUCCUUUUUAUAUUUGUGUACUUGUGGUAGAACAUAAAAAAAUAAAUGCUGCUUAAUAUGUUCUCUGUUAAUUCUGUAGCACUUUAUGGUUGACAACCGCACAAUGAAAGAAAAAUAAAGGACGAAAGUUGUGACUGCAGCACUGGAAAGAUGAGCCUCACAAAGAUUACCACCCUGUCAAAGUUGAACAUGCAACGUAAAGAGAAGGAACACGUUGCAGGUCUUACUUGUCAAUCACUAGAACUGUCUGCAAUCUAAGUGAGGCCUUUAUUCUGUAUAAAGUCGACAUGGUCAAAGUCUUGUUUUCAUUUUGAGUAUGUCAAGGACUUCAUUCUCUUAUUCCUCCCCAAAAAGUGGAAAGCUGAUUCAGCAUUCCACCAGCCAUCACCCAAGGUGACAUAUAAUGUUGUGUUUGGAUAUUUACUUCUUUGUCAUUCUGCUUCACACUUAACUGUAUGUGUUGCCCACCCAACCUCCGUGGGCACAAAAACACAAUUAUGUAUCACUGGAAUCCAAAACAUGUUUAGCUCUCACAUUAGGGUUCUUUCUUUUGUUUAUCUCAGACCUGGGCUUUAUAGUGUUAGUUUAUUGUGUUUAAUUACAAGCAUUUUAUCUGCUUACAUGUAUGGAUAUAAAAAAAAUCAAGAUGUCUUAAAAGUUUAACUGUAUCUAAUCAAAAGUAUGCUUUUGUCAGCUCGGCAUUUUAUAAAAGAGGUGCCAAUACGUAUAAGAAGUGCUGUAUGCCUAAGCGGUUGUGUUUUCUAGCACAGUAGGGUACGUUUGUUGCUACUGUGACCUGUUAGUGUGCCUUAUACCACAGCUGUUCCUAACAGUCUGGGCUUUGACUUUCUAGGUUUUUUCCUGUUAUAUGAAUCAUUUCUAAUUUACCUUUUCAUAACUUAGAUUUUGUAGAUUUCUUGUAAGGUUGUUGGCUUCUUGCUAAAGCUGUUCUGUAUAUAUCUAUUUAAAAAAAAUACAACAAAAUGACAAUAAACACAUUUUCUAUUUAUUGGUCAA